AUCAGUACACACAGGCACCUGUGACUGCGACUUUACUCUUUAUGCAAAUGUGUUGGACUUACACAGAGAGCUUGUGAAAUGAUGUUAAAAGCUACCCAGAGCUCUUUACAGGCUGAACUUUGGACUCACGCAUCUCAUGUGAGAAAUGCAGGAAGGCUUUUAGGUGGAGGAAGUGGCCUCUGACUGUCUUGUGACUAUCACUCACUCAUCACAGAAACCGCAGUACAGACAGGAACUGAGACACAGAGACACAGCACGGGAAAGGGACUCUCUGCAUAGAGUUAUACUAUGCCAAACUACAAACUGCUUUAUUUUAAUAUGAGGGGAAGAGCCGAAAUUAUUCGUUAUAUAUUCGCUUAUUUGGACAUAAAGUAUGAAGAUCACAGGAUAGAACAAGCUGACUGGCCUAAAAUCAAACCAACUCUUCCAUUUGGCAAAAUCCCUGUUUUGGAGGUGGAAGGACUUACACUUCACCAGAGCCUCGCAAUAGCACGAUAUUUGACCAAAAAUACAGAUUUGGCUGGGAAGACAGAGUUGGAGCAAUGUCAAGCUGAUGCAGUGGUGGACACCCUGGAUGAUUUCAUGUCACUCUUUCCAUGGGCAGAGAAAAAUCAAGAUCUAAAAGAGCAGAUGUUCAAUGAAUUGCUCACACGUCAAGCACCUCACCUUCUGAAAGAUUUGGACACAUACUUAGGAGACAAAGAGUGGUUUAUUGGCAAUUAUCAGGUAACCUGGGCAGACUUCUACUGGGAUAUCUGCAGCACCACACUUUUGGUCUUAAAGCCUGACUUGUUGGAUAUCUACCCCAGGCUGGCGUCAUUACGGAACAAAGUCCAAGCUAUUCCUGCCAUUUCUGCCUGGAUCCUAAAGAGGCCACAGACAAAACUCUAGAUGAUUCAGAAUCCGUCAUCAGAUGAGACCUCCAUCAGCCAGCUAGAGGAUCCGCAUACUUCUCACCAAUAGGACUCUUACUUUGUGGUAUUCUGCUUGCUAUGUAUGACUCUUAUUGUGGUUUUGUCUUCUUCUGUAGGCAUUUAGUUUCCAAUAUUUCAUUUUUUCAAAACUUUACACUUUUUAUAAUUACAGGGAAAUAAUUCACAAUAUAUGUAGUUGCGCAUAGAUAUCAACAUGCAUGGAUGCUUUAGUUAAACAACACUAGUUUCCUGGCUAGUGUAUCAGUCACCACAGUAUCUUAACUACAAGUAAUCAUGUGAAAUACAGAUUUUGCAGAUAGCUCUUCAAUCAGCAAAUUGCUACACAGAAACUAAUGGACACCAUAACGUUCACUAGCCACUACAUGUUAUUCAGGUAUACACCAAAGUGUAUAAGCUACUUCACAAAAAUACACAUCUGUCUGACAUGUUACAAAAUGGGUAAUAAAAAGAAGGAACUCAUAAAGAUUAAAGGACAGCCAA